AUGUCCUCCCUCCUCAGACUAGGUCUCUACUCAACGCCCCCGGUGUUGUCGCGUGUCUGUGGACGAUUGCUGUCUACUUCACGAGUUGUACGCGAUGCUGCCGCGCCCACGCCGAAUUUAGGGACCGUCCCAGCCAAGAAGCCUGUCGGUGCCUUCCGCGGCGGGAUUGUUGGAUUCCUCUUUGGUUUCUCUCUCGCGUCGUCCGUGGCUGCGUAUCAUCUGCUAGAGGAGUACAAGCUGGCUUCUGCGGCAUUGCAGGCUAGCGUGGAGGAGCUGCAGCUGAGCACGCAGAAGGUUUCUGCGCAUGUCCGGCGGAUAGAGGCUGUGGAGAAGGAGCUGAAGGCGCUGAGCGACAGCUCGGCGACCAAGGAGGACAUUUCGCGAGUUCGGGCAGAGAUGAAAAAGUUGUAUGAUGGGCUCCAUGUUGAGUUCCUCGAUCUUAGGUCAUACGUAUGGGGUAUUCAGCAAGAUGUUCAUGCUUUAUCCAAAAAGGAGUCUUCCUCUGUCCGUCUUGUAUAG